GAAAGAAGUUUUCACGCCGUUGCGGAAAAUUCUUGUGUUGUAAAUUUUAUUAACUAAUUAAAUAGUAAACCCAUACAAAUGAUCUACAUUUCACUUAUGCAGUAUAUUUAACUAAAAUUGGUUUUCUGUGAAUCUUCAACAAACAUGGCAUAAAAAGUGUUCCGUUGUUUAGAACUGUGUAAAUUUCUGUGAGUCUUUAAUGUUGUGUUGUUUGUAUACUUAAUGCAAGCAAUGUGUUGUUGCUGUCGCUCUUGAAGUCGCGUUUUUUUUUUUGCAAAUAUGUACCAAUAAAAACUAAAGUAAAAGAAAACGCUAGAGCCGAAAACGCCGAAAGAUAUAAAAGCUUGAAAGACAACAAAAUGUAUUGAAUUUUAUUUUGAAAAAAAAAGCAAAAUCUAUCAGAGGAUAAUCCCAAAGCUACGGCGUGAGUGUUUUAAUCAAAUAAAGACAAGUUAGAAAGAAAUUUAUUGAAUGAUUAAAGUGAAAAGACAACGAUUAACAAUAUCAAAAGCGUCAAACAUUUCUGUCAUAGUUGUAUAUUGUUCAGAUUUGUUGGUUAGUGCCGCAGAGUAGAAGGAUCAGGAUCGGCAACGGUACGAAACGGAUAAGAUGAAAAGUAAAGUUGAUAAGUGAACAAAUUGGAACUAGACUAAGAGUAAAUCUGCAGGAAGUGAAUUAUAAUCAUAAAUGUGCUUUUUCAAACAUUAUUGCAACAUUUUUGUACUGCAGUGUGUUAUAUAUAUUUGAAAGGCAAUCGUCUGAAAUAGAAAAAAAGACCAAUAUGCAUUUAGAAUGAAUAUGUGAAAAGGAAGGAUAGCAAAACUAAUUGUGUACGCGUUUUAAUCUUCAUUCACCUCUUCAUAUGAUCAAACUCGAAAUAAAAAUCCCAUUUGUGUUAAUAUCGUGAAACAGUUCUUGUAAAAUAUUUGUGUAAAAAUAUAUAUACAUAUAUACAUACAUAAUAAUUAUUGGAUUACUCGCAGACGUACAUGCAUAUAUAUAUAUAUAAAUAGCAUAAAUAAUUAGUUAGUGUAGUGUUAUUGGCUCUUUUAUCAAUCGCAUCUGUAUAAAUCAAAGCGAAAGAAUAAAAAAUAAAUUAGUGCAUUGAAGUUAGCGCAGCAUCUGUAAAUUGCAAAUCUCAAAGUAUUUCAACGGUUUCUGGAAAUUUCACGAAUCAUAGUUACGCCAAAAUACAUUUUAAAGCAAGAAAGCAUCCAUAAGUGCACGCCGAAUCUUCGCAUCUAACAACUAAGGGCCUCUAAGUUGUUCAACCGGAAUAUUGCAUUUCAAUCAAAUAACCCAAGCAAGUGUAAAAAUUGUGUAAAAAGUCUGCAUUUAGCCUGGCAUCCUGUGAGUUAUAGCAUUUUAAAGCAAAUUAAUUGUGCGUGUAAAAUAGAAAAAUAAAAUAAAAAAAUUGUCAAUCGUAUUACUAAGGCAUCCCAAAUUGCCUAAACGUGUAGCGUAAAUCAAAAAGUAAAAAAAAAAGCAUAAAAAAAACGCAAGUCGCCGAUCGCAAAGCGCAACUUGUGUAUAUCAAUUUCUAUUUCGCCGCUGCGCGUGUGUUAAGUAAAAGCCGUCAAAAUAGAGCUGUUACCAACGCCCACGAUUUCCAUUUCCACGGUUGCGCCGCCAACGCUAUCGCCCCACCACCAUCCGCACCAUCAACAACACCACCACCUACAACAGUCCUUUCAACAGCAACAGCAGCCGCACCAGCAACAGCAGCAGCCGCAACAGCAACAACAACAUCAUCAUCCCAAUCCGCAUACACCAUUCGGUGGUGGCUAUCAUCAUCCAUUCCCGCCGCUGUUGCCGCACCAACAGCAACAGCAGCAGCAGCAACAACAACAACAGUCGCAGACGCAACCUAAUUUUCUAUUAACACCGCCGCUGUCAGCAACGCCACAGUCACAGCUGCAACUGCAACAGCAACAGCAGCACCAACACCACCAACAACAACAACAGCAGCAGCAACAGCAGUUGCAGCACCAGCAACAACACAUGAAGUUAUUGGGUGGCAGCGAUGAUCGUAAUGGGCGCGGCGAUCAAAGCAUACCGCGCGUGCAGGAAGAGGCGGGUGGGGGCUUCAUUUUUCAACCGUCUGGCACAUCUAUGCAUGAUAUGGCGGCUGCCGAAUAUGCAGCACAAUUCGCUCAAAAACGCUGGGCUUGCGGUGAUGAGCAUCCAAUUGAUAAUCCGGACAAAUGGAAAUAUAAUCCGCCACCACCAAUGAAUCCAGGCAAUGCCACACCCGGUGGGCCACCUGGCAGCGGUCCGGGCACUAUUGGCCCCAUUGGCAUGAGUGCAGGUAUCGGCAGCAUCGGAACGAAUGGUGGUCUACAUCCCUCGCUUAGUGGACCCUCCCAAAUGGGCGUUGGACAAAUGGGCGUGGGCGGUAGUAGCGCAGCCGCAGCCGCUGCCGGCAUGGCUGCCAUGCACACAGCUGCUGUGGUCAAGCACAAUCAUAUGAUGUCGCAGGUGGUUGCCGCCCAGCAACAACAUCAACAACAGCAGCAGCAGCAACAACAGCAACCGCCACACCCCUCACAUCAACAGCCAGGACCACAACAGCAGCAACAGCAACAACAACAGCAGCAGCAGCAACAGCAAUCGCAACAACAUGGUGGCGGCGGUGGUGGUCAACAGAUGACACUUUCGCACUCACAGCAGCAGCAGCAGCAGCAACAUCAACAGCAACAACAACAACAGCAGCAGCAACAGCAACAUGGGCCGCCACACCCUUCCCAAAUGGGAUCACAUCAGCAAUUCGGCUCGAAUUUACUCAAUCAUGCCAUGAAUAAUCCAGCAGCUGCCGCAGCGGCUGCUGCCAUUGCUGCUAGCAUGCAACCAACUCAUAUGCAGAUACCAGCCGCUAUGCAAGCAAGCAAUUGCAAUAUGUAUGAUCACCCUGGCGUACAUCCUGGAGUUGGCAUGAACGGUGUGCCCAAGCCACCUGGUCCACCGGGACCACCUGGCGGACCCGGCGAGUUAGUGUAUUUCGGCGGUCAGCCACCAAAUGCAGCUGCAGCUGCUGCUGCCGCCGCCAUGGGCAUGUUGCCGCAAAAUCACUUCAUGAAUAAUGCUGCCGCGGCAGCUGCAGCCGCAAAUCGUAAUGCAGCAGCGAUCACCACAUCCACUGCCAAAAAGCUAUGGGAGAAAUCCGAUGGCAAAGGUACCACUUCGGGUGGCGUAACCGGUGGUCCGCUAAAUCCGCUGCAUAUACCCGGUGUCGGCGAUCAUCCAGUUUGGAAAGACUCGACAUGGUCUACACAAGGAGAAAAUAUUCUGGCACCACCGCGUCCGCGCACCUUUCCACAAACACCAGAUUCAAAUACGAGCACCAAUGCGGGCAUAUUGAGCCCUCGUGAUGCCACCAGCGGUUUGGGUGUAAAAAUGGUCGAAUAUGUUUUGGGUGGCUCACCAACUAACAAGGAGAGUCCACUCUCCAGCCUGGAGCCGCGUUUGCGAAGUCUGAAAUUUGAUGACAAUGACAAGUCACACGACGAAAAGGAAAAGGCCAAUUCUCCGUUUGACACAAACGGCCUAAAGAAAGACGACCAAGUAACAAAUACUAAUGGCGUUGUCAAUGGCAUUGAUGACGAAAAAGGAUUUAAUCGCACACCCGGCUCCCGUCAGCCCUCACCAGCUGAAGAAACGCUGCCACGCCCACCCACAUUACUCGAUCCCACUCAGCAUGGUGGCUUCCCGACGCAUCCAUUCAAUCACAUGCUCAACUCUAUGGAUCACCAAGGUGGACCUGGUAAUCAAAUGAAUUCGUAUCCGCCACAUCAAAUGCAGAUGGGCCAACUACAACCGCCCGUGAUGAACGGCGUCGGUGGAAUGCAAAUGGCACAGAGCCCCAUGAUGAACCAUCAGAAUCAAGGACCAAACCAAAUCGAAUCUCCUGGAAAUUUAUUGCAGCAGCAGCCACCAAAUUUUGAUGUACAGGUGAGUGAGUGUGUGCUUUGGACAAAUUUUAAGUUCAUAAGUGAUUUUUGUGCGAAAUUCAAAGUGUAA